AUGGGCGAGCACAACCUCCUUAAUCCCGGCUUUGUGGGACCUCUGGUGAACAUCCACACGGGAGACACCUUCUACUUCCCAAAUUUCCGAACCUCCGGAGGGCAGCUGCCGGGGCUGCCGUCCUUAUCGUACCCCCGACGGGACAACGUCUGCUCCUUGCCCUGGGCGUCUUCGGAGCCCUGCAACGGGUACCCGCAGCCCUACCUGGGCAGCCCCGUCUCCAUUAACCCUUCCUUCGGCAGAGCCUGCGAUCUCGCCCGGGUGGAAGAAAGCAAAUGCUACUACCGGGAGAGCUGCUCCGACGCGGCCGGGCUCAAGCGGGAGGAGAGGGGCAGGGACAGUGCCUUGCUGCCCCUCGAAUCCGGCCUCCCCAAUGGCAUGGGGGGCAAUUUCAGCAAAUACGACUAUCCCGGAGCCGAGGCAGUGCCCCACGACCCUCCGUCAUGUCAGUCCUUGGAGUCAGACUCCAGCUCGUCUUUGCUCAAUGAAGGGAAUAAAGGCACAGCGGGAGAAGCGGGGGGCUUGGUGUCCCCCCUCAACCAAGGCAGCACUUUAGGCACCGGUGGUGCUCCUUGGUACCCGAUGCACACACGGUCCCGGAAAAAGCGCAAACCCUAUUCCAAGCUGCAGCUGGCGGAGCUGGAGGGGGAGUUCAUGGUCAAUGAAUUCAUUACUCGCCAAAGAAGGAGGGAGCUCUCAGACCGAUUAAACCUGAGCGACCAGCAGGUGAAGAUCUGGUUCCAGAACCGACGCAUGAAAAAGAAAAGACUCCUCCUGAGGGAGCAAGCCCUGUCUUUCUUUUAA